GUCCUCCGCUGCGACCAGGCCACGCCCACGGGUCCCGCGGGCCGCGCGCUCACCUUUUCCCCGCGUUCCGGAUUCGGUCACUCGCCUGCGCCUCAGCGGGUGACAGACUGUCUCCGCUGCCACUUAGCAGUAAGGAACUGGCUCGGACUGCGGGCUCGGGAGAGUGCGAGGGUGCCUAGCGUCCGAGGCGGCCUUGUCGUCCUGCGGCGCCCACCGCUUUCCUUUGGUGCUUUGCAGACUAAGGAGCCGCACGCCUCCUGGUGGCGGGCCAGCAUCCAUCACGGAUGCCUGGGCAUCGGGCUGCCCAGUCCGGACUUAACUUGUGGCUCUCAAUCAAGAGGUCAUAGGAUGCCAGGCGUGGUGGCACACGGCUUUAAUCCCAGCACUCGGGAAAACAGGCCGUGUUUUGGCUUGGAAGAGGGCGAGGGCGGCUGAGGACAGAGUGGCAGGGGUGGGGACCCCUGUGGUGAAGAACUGGCAACCACUCAGUCCCUCACCAUAGAGUUUCUGAAAGAAACACCAAAAAUGUACAGUGCUUGUGCCAGGGGCAGCGCCAGGUUGGGCAUGACAUCUGACCUGUUCAGAGCAGUGCCUGGAUCCUGCUGUCCGUCUAGUGAGCACCAGGGAUGGCGUAGGCAGACCAGCGUACUGCUCCACCUGAGCUGAGUGAUGAGGUUCUUCUGUGGGAGCUGGUGACAAGAAAAUAACUCCAAAGCUUGAAUUUCUGAGCAUGAAAACUCAUAUAAGAUGAUGUCAGAAAAAUUCACAGUGAUGGAACCUCCCACCCCUGAGACUGGGGAAUUUCAUGAAGACAGAUUAGUGCAGCUACUGGGGAACCCAGAAAGGCAGAGCUUGGAGAGUCCCCCUUCUCAGGGAGACAGCUUGAAGCAGGUGACAGUGACCCACUGGAAAAUCCAAACAGGAGAAACAGCCCAGGUGUGUAGUAAGUCAGGAAGAAACCCUAUUCUGAACUCAAAUCUUCUUAUUCUUCAAAGAGAGCUUAUUGAAGGGGAGGCCCAUCCUUGUGGUAUUUGUGGCAAAAGCUUCCCAUUUAAUUCAGAUUUAGUUACACAUCAGAUAUCUCACACAGGAGAAAAGCCUUAUAAAUGUGAGCACUGUGGGAAAGGCUUCAGUCAGACCUCACUCCUCACGGAGCAUCAGAGAGUCCACACUGAGGAGAGAUUGUGUGUGUGUAAUGUGUGUGGGAAAGACUUUAUUCACUCUGCAAAUCUGGUGGAGCAUCAGCAAGUACAUACAGGAGAGAAGCCGUUCAAAUGUGCACAGUGUGGAAAAGCAUUUUGUCAUAGCUCAGACCUGCUUCGGCACCAGAGGGUUCAUACCAGAGAGAGGCCUUUUGAAUGCAAAGAGUGUGGGAAAGGCUUCAGUCAGAGUUCCUUACUCAUUCGCCAUCAGAGAAUCCACACAGGAGAAAGACCCUAUGAGUGUAACGAGUGUGGAAAGUCCUUUAUUCGUAGCUCAAGCCUUAUUCGGCAUUUCCAGAUCCACACAGAGGUAAAGCAGUAUGAAUGCAGAGAUUGUGGGAAGGCCUUCCGUCACCGCUCAGACCUCAUUGAACACCAGAGAAUUCACACUGGAGAGAGGCCCUUUGAGUGUCAUGAGUGUGGGAAGGCCUUUAUUCGAAGCUCAAAGCUUAUUCAGCAUCAGAGAAUUCAUACUGGGGAAAGACCCUAUGUAUGUAAUGAGUGUGGGAAACGUUUUAGCCAGACAUCCAACUUUACUCAGCAUCAGAGAAUCCACACUGGGGAGAAACUCUAUGAAUGUAAUGAGUGUGGGAAAGCCUUCUUUCUGAGUUCAUACCUUAUCCGACACCAGAAAAUCCACACUGGUGAACGGGUGUAUGAAUGUAAAGAGUGUGGAAAGGCUUUUCUACAGAAAGCCCACCUCACUGAGCAUCAGAAGAUCCACACUGGGGACAGACCCUUUGAAUGCAAAGACUGUGGGAAAGCCUUCAUCCAGAGUUCCAAGCUGCUGCUGCACCAGAUUGUGCACACUGGAGAGAAGCCCUACGUUUGCAGUUACUGUGGAAAAGGCUUUAUACAGAGGUCGAACUUCCUUCAGCACCAGAAGAUGCACACUGAAGAGAAGCUUUAUGAGUACAGUCAGCGUGGGAAGGGCCUAACCUCACCCCCAGACCUUGUCCACCAGGAAGGCCUUUCCCUGGAUGAGCCCCCCAUGCAUUUAAGUGAGAGGUCCACAGGUCAGGGAGGUCCUCCAGAUAACUUAUGAAAGAGAUACUCUCCAAGUCAGUGUGGUGCUUGGAAAUGGAGGGAUUUGGGAUACAUAUGGCCUCUUAAGAUGUGCAUGUGUCAGAGCUUCUUAAGUGGGCUGCUCUCUGCCACCAUGGCAAGGAAGUCAGUGAGUCUGGAGAGCUGACUUUGAGCUGGAACAUUGGAGGGUCCUUACAAAGAAAUUCUAAGUUUUAUUCACAAAACACACCCUUUCAUGACAAGCAUAGCUGUAUUUAUUAUUACUUAAGAUGCCUAUCUGAAAGGUUGCAAAGGAUUCCACUUUCUCAUGGAAAGCCACAAACUAGUCCUUAGGGCUGAACCCCUAGCCCCAGGCCCACAGCCACACAUCAAUGUGUACCGCUGUCUCCAUGAUUCAAGCUGUUCCUGUCCCUGUUUGCCCCUGUUCUUUAAAGUUAUUACCUCCUUUCAACCAGCUCGAUGAAUUAUGUGGAGCUUCUCAGGCAUCACGUACCAAGACACCCUUCCCUUACACUGAAUUCAGUUGGCAUCUUUGUGCCUCUGCUCUGUACUCCCGCCUACUGAACUUUGAAAUUCCAGAAUUAUGACUCUCAUUGUGAUCAUAUCUCAUUGAUUUGUUUGUCCCAUUGUCUACACAAGACAAAAAAAAUGAACCCAAGUCCAUGUAAUUGACAUUUUUCCCUUAUUAUUUAUUUGAAACAAGUUUUGAGACUCUGGCCCAGGCUGGCCUUGAACUUUAAGCCUUGCUUCAGCUUCCUAAGUACUGGGAUUAUAAGUGUGUCAUCACACCUGGUUUUGGCCUCUUUCUUACUUUGGACUUUAUGUAUUGCUGUUUUAACUUUUGUGAUUUUGUUUUUCUUUUGGGGCUUUGCGUCCAAUGGCUCUUAUUCUAUUGUAGGUGCCGUCUCUUCUUAAGCCCUGUAAACACCUGCUCCUGUUGGGUUGUCCCCUAUCUACAUGUAGUGCCCAUCAGGUGUGGCCUGAGCUUCCCCCAGAGCUGUCUACUGCACUUUGAGAACAUCACCCUCAACGUGGUGUCUGCACCUCGCCCAGGCAUUCGCGCACAGCCCAAGUCUUACCACCUUCAAGACUGACUCAGCUCAUGACUUUUCUUGCCCUCUUGCUCUGUCACUUAUUUGAAAAUGUAUUGAGAUUUAUGAAGAAUUAUUAUAGGUAACUGGGAAGAGCGGAGAGUGAGGCACCAUCCAUCUCAUGCGAGUGUCCUAUGAAGCCAGGCAGGCCCUAGGAUAGUACAUGGAGUGAAUGACAGGUCUCAUAGGAGCCCUAGGUAAGGAGAUGACUGAUGCACCAUGCAUACAUCUAGGAGGUCUUCUCAGAAUAGGUGACAUUUCAGCUGAGGGGAGUGGACAUAGCUGGAGAGAAGGAAUGACCAGGGAGAGUCUCAACACAGGUUAUUCUGGUCAAAAAUAGUGCAUGGGUGGUUGUCUUUGCCUCUGAAUUUCUUUCAUCUAAGCAUUAACCACAACCAGUGCUGAGGUUACAUAAAAUAGUUUUUGUCUUAGUGUAUUUUAGGAAAUUCUAGCAUCCCUAGAAGCUUUGGAUGGGCAGAUAAUUGAAAAAGAAUACACAAUAUCCACUUUCUGAGAAAUCCAUCAUGGCAAGAGGUUCCAGACAGCAAAGCAGCAGUGUUAGCAGAUUGUUUCAAAUGAUACACCUACUCUUGAGUGUAUGCAGUAGAAAGUCUCCCUGUGUAGCCACAGCACGGCCAAGAAAAGUAACCCCCAUCACUCCAACACCCGCCUCAGUGACUGCUGUGUAUGUGCCAGUUGGUGUUGCUUGUCCUGCAGCUGCCUAGACGUGGUCUUCUAAGGUGGUGCUUUUGUGUCUGGUCAUCAGCUUAUGUUUAGACUCCACCAAGUUACUUUGUUUAGUAGUUCUGGUGAGUGAUAGCCAUGGUGUGGAUAAACUUAUUCACUCUUCCACUUCUUUGUAGAAAUUUGGCUUCCAGUUUGGGGUCUUAAUAAAACAGCAUUUGUGAAAGUA